CGAAAGAGAGCCAAGAGAGCCGUUUCAAACCUGUUGGCAGCCCCAGCACGAUGCAUACAUUUGGGCGCGUGAGCAGUUUCUCCCACUUUACUGCUGCUGCUCCAGCUGCUCCAUUCAAGGAUUCACACAUUUCAUUCAUUCGUACUCUGGCUACUGAGCGAAAGCGAUCGCUCAGGAAUACGGAACGGAUCCGGGAGACCCCACAGAGUGACCGCGGGACUUUUGUCGGAGGGCGUAAUACCACUUAGAGACGGAGUCAGCUCCCAUCCAAUUAGUGUUUUUAUCGUUGCCUUCUUCGGGAGGGCCAUUUGCCGAGUAGUGAGUGCGAAAAGAACACCGAGCAGAACGGAACUGUGGGUGUGGGUUGCGGUGCUUGUGAAGUCAGUGACUUGAAGGAUUACGGAGUCAGUCCCGGAAGGGCGGACUGAGAGCCCUAAGAACCAGCAUCGAUUUUCCGCUAAAUUGAUCCGAUGUGCGGGCAAAUAACACUUGGAGGAAAAACAGAACAAUCAAAUCGUGUUGCAGCCAUCCAGGCGAAAAGCAGUAGUGGCGCUCAGCGUGUUAUAUAAUUCUAGGGGUUGUCACCUUCUUGGGAGUGUGAAUAAAGGAGAAAAAAAGGAGGAUCCGUUUCGCGUGUAGGUGGUUCCCUGUAAUUCGGGAGGAGGAAACUCGUCAAUGAAAAGCACCAAGUGUAUCAUAAGCUGUGAUUGAGCUUCUUGAUGAGGAUAUUCAUCGACUUCGCCAGUCAGUGACGCACUAACCGUGAGCACCGUCUUUCGGAAGCACCAUUAAAGCAGCCUCCAAGCACGUCUUCGCACGGUCAAUCCAGCGCACAAUACACUAUUGUUUGCACUUGCACAAUAACCUAUUCUCAAUGCACCAACACCAAUGACUGUGAUUCGACAGCACCAUAAGCACCAUCACUAGAGCGCACAGCACAGCCGUUAGCACCAUCCCUCGGAAACCCCGCCUCUUCGAAGGAGACCGUACUCACCAACCACAGUCCCGCUUGUUCAGGAGUUCCCGGAGCCUGCUCUGCUGCACGUUCGGUGCACGUUACUUCGUUUGUCUCUUGUGUUUCUCGGUUGUGGUGCACGUGUACAACCCGUAGUUUAAGGUGUAGAACAGUCAUCGAACACACGCACACACACAGACAGAUAGAUAGACGUCGGCGUCAGAUCAGGAACGCACACCCGAAUAACAAUGGCCAACACGGCGCAUCUUUUUCGCAGACAGAGCUCGCGGGAUUUGAUCCAGCAGGCCACGGUUCGCAGCUUGGAUGAGCUCGAGUUGAGGGAACUUCGAAGUCGUUUGGUUCGGGCGGAGAAUGGCAAUCGCAAUGUCGUGUACGGAGCAACCAAUCAGGCGUUCAUCUCCGACGAUGAUCCACCGAUGGGAAGGAUCUUGGAUUUGGGCCCAAGCUCGGCGCCGCCUACUACUCGGGUACCUCCCGGGAAGCUACCAUCGCAGACGUCCGUCAUCGACACCGUUGUGGAGGAGGCGGUCGUCCCGGAAAGGCCUGAGGACGAACGCGAGAGUUGGGAUAGCAAGUGGACCUUCCUGUUGGCCACGAUCGGGUAUGCUGUCGGAUUGGGCAACGUUUGGCGAUUUCCCUAUCUAGCGCAAAAGAAUGGGGGCGGAGCUUUCCUGGUUCCGUACUUUGUGAUGUUACUGCUUCAGGGAAUUCCGAUAUUCUACCUAGAGUUGGCGAUCGGGCAGCGAUUGCGGAAAGGAGCGAUCGGCGUUUGGCACGAGGUGUCAGCGUACUUGGGCGGCAUCGGGAUAUCGUCAGCAUUUGUCAGCUACAUAGUGGCGUUGUAUUACAACACGAUCAUUGCGUGGUGUUUGAUCUAUCUGCUGCACAGCUUCGAGUCUCCACUGCCCUGGGCGGAGUGUCCGAAGAGACUGUAUAAGAACUUCACCUACGACAUUGAACCGGAGUGUGUGGUAUCGUCGCCUACUAAGUAUUACUGGUAUCGGGAGACGCUGAGAGCGUCGCCUAGCGUGGAUGAACCCGAGGAGAUCAACUACAACGUCGCGAUCGCGUUGAUCGCCGCUUGGUUUCUUGUGUACAUGUGCAUGGUCCAAGGAAUCACCGAGUCCAGUAAAAUAGUCUACGUGACGGCCAUCUUCCCGUACGUGGUGUUGAUCAUCUUUUUCUUCCGUGGGAUCACUCUGAAGGGAGCUGCGGAUGGCGUUAUGCAUCUGUUCACGCCACGCUGGGAGUCGAUCUUGGAACCGGUGGUGUGGCUCGAGGCCGGUACGCAGAUCUUCUUCUCCUUAGGUCUGGCGUUCGGUGGACUGAUCGCGUUCAGCUCGUACAAUCCGGCAAACAACAACUGCUACCGGGAUGCGUUGGUGGUAUCUUUCACCAACUGUAGCACUUCCAUGUUUGCAGGAGUCGUGGUAUUCUCGGUGAUCGGUUUCAAGGCAACUUCGAUAUUCGACUCAUGCGUAGCCGAACGUGAUGCUCUAGUAGCCGCUAACAAAACGAUGGAUCUACCGGUUUGCGAUCUUCAGAAGGAACUGGAAAAUAGUGCUUCCGGAACGGGUCUGGCGUUCAUCAUCUUCACGGAGGCGAUCAACCAAUUCCCGGCGGCGCAGUUCUGGGCGGUACUGUUCUUCAUGAUGCUGUUCACCCUAGGAAUCGACUCGCAGUUCGGUACGCUGGAAGGCGUUACCACUUCGCUGGUGGACAUGAAGCUGUUUCCCAAUCUGCCGAAGGAAGUCAUCACUGGGGCUCUCUGUCUGUCGUGCAGUAUCCUGUCGAUGUGCUUCGCAAACGGAGCUGGCAGCUACAUCUUUCAGCUGAUGGACAGCUUCGCCGGAAACUACACACUGUUGAUCAUCGCCUUUUUCGAGUGUAUUGGCGUUAGCUACAUCUACGGAAUCAAGAGGUUCGCCGACGAUAUCGAGCUAAUGACGGGAUCACGGCCCGGCCUGUACUGGAUGCUCUGUUGGAAAUACAUCUCACCGAUCGCGAUGAUAACCAUCCUGACGGCAUCGUUCAUCGAACUGGCAUCGGAGGGCAGCAGUUAUCCCGGGUGGAACGCCCUCACCGGUAAUACCGACAAGCUAGAGUGGCCUCACUGGUGUAUCGUCGUGGCCAUCCUACUCGUUGGAGUGUCGAUCAUCUGGAUCCCGGGAGUGGCCAUUUGUCGGUUAUGUGGCAUCAAUGUGAUUGAGGAUUCGGAACCGGCGUGGUUCCCGACGGCCGAGCUGCGGGACGUGCACGGAAUCGUGCCACACGAACCCACGGACAUCGAGAUAUCGUUGUUCUGUAUACGGCCGGACGGAGCCGAAGGGUUGUGCUGCCCGACGUACGGACCGCGCGAACAGCCGCUGGACGAGGAAGAGGAGUAAGAAUCAAAACGGGGGUAAUGAGAGAAAACAGCCUACUUAGAGAAGACAAUAAGCGCUGUCCGACAAUAACUGGGGUAAGUUGUGACAAAGUUACACAAAGCAAGACAGAGACAGCGAAGAAGACGUGACAAUAGUUAGUUAGAAGGACAAUUAGACUAGUCUUAGCAGGGGUUGGAGGAAUUAUCAGCUAACAUAUUCAAAUUAUACAAUUUAAGGUUGAAGGGCGGAAGAGGUGAGCUUAUGUGCUUUCAUCAGUCUUUUCAGUAUGAUU